GCCGUGAGGUGAAUGUCGACAUCCGGACGGAUCCACAGCGGAAAGAUGGUGAUUCUUCGCCCAUCCAUUGCGGUGAAGAACAGGGUGGUCGAGCAUCUGUCGUGAGCACUGCUUAGGGAAUGGUGCUUCAUGAAGCCAUAGAGUUGGGUGACGACUCGGCAGCCACCGAGCUGGUUAGCGACUCAGGCGUGGCCGAGAUGCAGAACAUCCGGACGGAUCCACAGCGGAAAGAUGGUGAUUCUUCGCCCACCCAUUGCGGUGAAGAACAGGGUGGUCGAGCGUCAGUCGUGAGCACCGCUCGGGGAAUAGUGCUUCAUGAAGCCAUAGAGUUGGGUGAGGACUCGACAACCACCGAGCUGGUUAGCGACUCAGGCGUGGCCGAGAUGCUGAACGUCGAAUCCUCCGUGGAAGGCGGUGAGGUGGCCAUCAGCAUCAAGAUGGAUCCACAACGGAAAGAUCAUGAUUCUCCGUCCACCCGUUGCGGUGCUGAACAGGAUGAUCGAGCAUAUGUCCUCAGUACCGGUUGGGAAAUGGUGCUUCAUGAAGCCAUCGACUUGCCAAGCGACUCAGCUGCCACCGAGCUAGUUAGCGACACAGCCGUGGCCAAGGUCCAGAACCUCGAAUCGUCCGUGGACGUUGGCACAGUGGCGCGACAGGAGGGCGAGUUCCCUCAAAGGGCUCUCGAGCACGGUUAGAUUUGUGAAUAGGACCACUCGCAUAUCUGUCACUGGCCAGCUCUGUGUUCGUCCAAAUUGAUGUCAUGGGCUAAUGUACCUGUUACCACUAGUUAAAAAAAAGCUAAUGGGUUGUUGGUUGUUUUCUAUGUUCUACAGGUGUGAGGUUGUUAAUGUCCCUGCCCAUGAAGCCUUUAAAAG